ACGGCCAGACGGUGGCAGUGCAGGGGCGGGUUGCCCUUCAUAAACGGCGCCCACCAUUUUGGACUGUGCGCGCUCCCCGGAAGUGCGCGGCACCUCCAUCCAGUGCCUGCUGUGUCCGAUCGCUGUACAGGACCUCUGUAUGUCACUUCUGACAUUGCUUACUACGUGUGAAAUCUGUGAAUGAUCACAGAGAUCACAUGGUACAGGGCUAUUCACAACAGCCUUGUACCAUGUGACAACCUGUGACCAAUCACAGAAAUACUGAGUGAGCUGUGAUUGGUCACAGUUUGUCACAUGGUACAAGGCUGUUGUGAAUGGCCCUGUACCAUGUGAUCUCUGUGAUCAUUCACAGAUUUCACACACAGUA